AUGGCAAAUACGACGAUCACUCUCCCCCGAGACCCUAACACCCUUUCCAACUACAACAGCUGGCGCACAGCUCACACCACAGCCAAUCUCGAAAUCUUGUUUGACGAACAGAGACUGAGCGGCAAUGUGGUCUUGACCCUCAAGUCCAUCACCCAUGCAGAAAGCAAGCAGAUCUUUCUGGACACCAGCCACCUCGACAUAUCCGCCAUCAAAGUCAAUGGCCGUUCGGCCAAAUGGGACCUGUUGCCGCGCAGGGAACCAUACGGCUCGCCUCUCAGGAUUUCCCUCGAGACGGGCAUUGCGGCCGACCAGACUGUCGAGGUUGUCAUCUAUCUCUCCACCACCACAUCUUGUACCGCUCUUCAGUGGCUCACUCCCGCACAAACCUCGAACAAGAGACAGCCAUAUAUGUUCUCACAGUGUCAAGCGAUCCAUGCACGCUCCCUCUUCCCUUGUCAAGACACGCCGGAUGUCAAAUCCACCUUCGAUUUCAACAUCACCUCUCCCCUCCCUGUCAUCGCCUCGGGCAUCGCCUCGCCCGCCAAUCCUACUGCUCCCCCCCCUCCGGGCAGAUCUAGCCUCUAUAAAUUCCACCAGCCCCUUCCCAUACCCGCCUACCUCUUCGCCCUCGCCAGUGGCGACAUUGUCACAGCGCCCAUCGGCCCGCGUAGUGUAGUUGCCACAUCUCCUGACCAACUCUCUGCAUGCGUCGACGAGCUCUCGGCAGACACGGAAUCCUUCCUGCAAGCCGCCGAGAAGAUCGUCUACCCCUAUGCGUGGCAACAGUACAACGUCCUCGUCCUCCCUCCGUCCUUCCCCUACGGCGGCAUGGAAAACCCCAUCUUCACCUUCGCCACCCCAACCAUCAUCUCCCAUGACCGCCAGAACGUCGACGUCAUCGCCCACGAGCUCGCCCAUUCCUGGUCGGGCAAUCUGGUCAGCAACGCCAGCUGGGAACAUUUCUGGCUGAACGAGGGAUGGACGACCUACCUGGAACGCCGUAUCCAAGCAUCCAUCCACGGUAACGACGCCUGGCGCGAUUUCAGCGCCAUCAUCGGCUGGAAAGCUCUCACCGAUUCCGUUGAGCAGUUCGGUCAUGACCACGAAUUCACGAAACUGGUCGUCGACCUCAAGGGCAAAGACCCAGACGACGCCUUCUCCAGCAUCCCCUACGAGAAGGGCUUCAAUUUCCUCUACUACCUCGAGAAACUGAUCGGAAAGGACAGGUUCGACACCUUCAUCCCCCACUACUUCACCGUCUGGAGGGGCAAAAGCCUCGACAGUUAUGAUUUCAAAGCCACGCUCCUCGACUUCUUCGCCGGCGAUAAAGCCGUCACUGAAACCCUGGCACACGUGGUUCUACAAACCCGGUCUCCCGUCGAAACCGGACUUCGACACCUCGCUCGUCCAGCCGGCGCGUUUCUACGGAGAUACUGA